CACGCGGUAGACAGCGGACGGAAAACUCGUACUACGAGAGACUCUUGUGGUGGUUACGAUACUCGGGCCGACAUUCAUCAAACAUUGACAAUAUGAUUUAUGUAAGGAGCAGCUUUAUCUUGAUCACACUUCUAGCAAUUCUGAAGCCGACAAACUCAGAUCCUAUUUCACACUCAUACAAACAUGUAUCAAGCAUUCCGAAUCCACGUGAAAGCCUAAGCGGAAUUGCCUCCAUCUUUUCACCUCGCAUGGACUUUGAACAAUGGAAACCGUUAACAGGUCGAGGAGAUCCGUUACGGAAUGAUCCGACCUACGAUUAUGAACCACCCAUGUUAGAUAAGGUCCAUUAUUGGGCAGAUGAUAGUAGGACUGAAAGCCAAAUAAUCCCAGAGAAGAAGUCAGAGGUCUUAGUAUUAGGAGUAUCUUCGCGAAAGCCAAGUAUAUCUUCGAAACCAUCUGUACCACCUAAAAGGCAUCUUACAUCAUCGCCUUCCAAGUAUGAAGAUUAUUCAUAUAAGUUUAAUGGACAUUAUCCUAUGACUAUUCUUGUCCCACCACCUCCCCCUCCGUCAGGCUAUAAGCCAUUGCUAUUUAUUCAACAUGAAAAUAAAACUCCUCAAUCUACGCCUCCUACACGUAUCAUAGAAGCUACAAUACCACAAAGAUUCACAGCUUCUACGCCAGAAAUAAUAACAUCAUUUGCUCUUCAGGAAGCUAAUUUGAUAUAUCAAGCAACUGAUAAUAAUCAGACUUGGUUUGUGGACUUUAAUAAGACUCAGACUUUACCUAUAAAUACAGUGAGCAGUGAUUAUGCUGGUUGGGGUCCAACCACGCCGUUCAAAGAAGAUCAGACUAAAAACUAUUUAUACAAUAUAAUUCCUCAUAAAGAACAGGAUAGCUAUUCGUCCAAGAAAUAUUUCUUUGAUAUAUCGCAAUCACAAUCGUACCAAGUUUCAACUUCAACUGAAUUGCCUAUUAAACUUGCUUUCCUACCAACUGCUUUACCAACUUUAUCAUCUACGACGAGCAAUCCUCUUGAUACAUUUACAUUCGAGCAGUCUACUUAUGAAACCACAACUGAUGCAACAAUGAUGUACGAAGAUACAACAACAGAGAUAAAGCCAACAACUAAUUAUAAUGAAGAAAACAUUUUAAAUUCAACUGUAAAACCUCAAGUCAGUGUUGUUGAUAUGUUAAGUUCAAUGAUAUCAAUGCCUUUAGUCACAGAUCCUGAGAGACCCGAAGAUUAUCUAUACGCUCAUGCGUCUGAGAAUAUACAAAUAUUUAAUGAUCAAGCAGAAGAUGAUAUGGAAAAAUUAAAAGUAAUGCAAACAAUGCAGCCACCACCAUCGUUAGUUCAAGUUGGGACAACUCCUUCCCUUAAAAAACCAUAUUUUAAUUCACAUUAUCUCAAUAGUCUCGCACAGGAUGAUCAGCCAUCACAUACACAUGAUCCUUACUUAAAUAUGCGUUUUACCACACCUUUGACACCAACCCGAAAUUCUAUUACCAUAUCAGAAGAUACCAAACCAACUGCUGAUGUCACACCAAUGUACCUUAUCAUUCAGGGCCAUUCAAAAGUAAAAACUUAUGGAUCUAAACCAAAACCAGUAAAUUCUAUCUCCAGUAGCGAUAUUGCGAAAACAUAUGAGACAAAUGAGGUAAAGCAUUUGCAUCCAAUAAAGGACAAAUAUAAUAAAAAAGCUGAAAAUAGAAUCAGCAGGUCUAGCAAAUCAACAAAUUUAACAUCCUUGAUAGAUUCAGGAAUCGGUUCAAUAGAAAUACAGGAAGCUGAUAUUGGUAUUAAAUAUGACGUAAGCGACGGAAGUGACGUCCCGAUAGAAGUUUACAGGAAAGGUAUAGUAGAGAGUGCUGAAGAAAAUUAUUCGUCAGUAAAAAAAGCACACGUAAAGCGUACGAAACGACAAAUAGAUUUGAGUGACCUUGUCCCAUUCGACGAAGAUACUUUAGAGGAAUAUGUGUACAAUUUCUUUGAAACACGAAAAAACGACACGGGUCUUACGGGUUUUAUCGCUCGAGCAAUAACAAGCGAAGUAGCAGACUCAGUUACAAAAGACCUCGAAGCCGAAGAUCGUAGUCAUAGGAAUAGAUAAAUAUUUAGAAUAGUAAAUUAUUAUGUUGAGACCAAAUCAUGAAUCAUUCUAAUAAUAAUAAUGAUAAUAAUAUAGGCAUAUCCCACCGUUAUUAUACUCCCAGUUGUUGAGGUGAUUAAGUUACACUUUCAAUACCAGACAGGCUUUAAUUGAAACACGAUUGUAACAGCCCAUGGAGAUAUUAUAAAAUGGCGUCAGCCAGUAAUAGAUACAAGUAUUAUCGAUAAUUAAUUUAUUAUGAAUGAAUAAGGUACGUACCAUUACUACUACUACUACUUACAAAAAUUCUCCCAAUUUGUAAUAAUCUGUAACUCUAGAUGCUUAAAUGCUCUUGAUGGGAAAUAGGAUAAUUUCUUUUGGACUCAGUUUAAAAAUAAACACAGACUAAGUUGUGCUAUAUUGUAUUUCAAUAUAAAAGCUACUCAAUUCAUAUUUUCCCAGUUUCAUAGUCUUUCUAAAUAGAGUAAUUAAUGUAUUUAUAGCAAAAUAUUUAAUAACAGUACAAGCCGUAUUUUGAUAUAAUAUAGAUAAGAUAUUUAUGUAUUAGAAAUAAGCGAAUAAUUUUGUAAUAAAACAUACCUUUAACAUA